GCGGGGUCACGUGAUAGCCAAUAUGGCGGCGGUCAAUUUAUCGAUUCUGGGAUUGUCUAUUAUAAACAUGCCAUGACGAUAAGUCACUAUCAGCCGAUGUGUACACAAUGCCCUUAAAACUGAAAAUCCCCACUAAAUCCACUUACUUUCGAUUUCACUCGGGUUUUAAGCUGAUUGUCACGAUACUCAAGUUCGAACAAACAAAACAUCUGGAUGGAAAUAAGCCGUUUUGCGAGCGCAAGAAACUGACAUUGGGGAAGGGUCGUGUCAAUGUAUGUGUCAUCCAAGGAGAUCUAACAAGGGAACAGUCGGAUGUGAUAGUAUGCACGGCUAACAAGCCACUCGACCUCAGUAAAGGUCAAGUCUCGAAGAACCUUCUGGAGGCAGCUGGAGUCAGUAUGGCAGCUGAGCUACAGUCCUUGUACCCACAUGGUAUUGAUUACGAUGAGGUUGCUGUUGUAAGCUCUGGUAAUCUCGCCUGCAGAAAUGUAUACUUUGUAGCCCUGCCAGAGGCGGGGACCUCUGGGUCGGAUGACAAGACGCUUCACAAAACUGUGACCAUGUGCCUAGAAAGGGCAGACCGAAGCAACUUCCGAUCCCUGUCUAUCCCUGCCCUGGGCACGGGCCGUCUUAAGUACCACCCUGCCAUGGUUGCGGCCGAAAUAAUACAGAGUGUCGAAGACUUCAGCAACAGCAAACCAGGCACCAGCGUCAAAUAUGUCAAUGUUGUUGUGUACGAUAAAGAUGAUGAUACAUCCUUUAAGGCAUUUGAGGGGGAAGCAAGGAGUCGCGCUGGCCGACAGAUCAAUCACAACGGGGUUGUGUCUUCAGCAGGGGCCGCAAUUUCAUCGACGAUACUUGCAGGGCUGCGGUCCUUGUCCAUCAUGAGGGACCGAGGCACAGAAGAAUGGUUCAAGUCCAUGUACAAGUCCGAGCCCUGUUCUCCAUGCUACUGGACUACGUUCCACAGCAAGAAGACCCUGAAAGACUGGGGCAUUGAGGCCCAACAGAGGCCCUUUAUUCGUUUGCCUAUUGAAGGUCAAGACUUUCAGGAUGUAGUGAAACUCGUGCAGGACACAUGGGAUGCUCAGCAUGUUGGUCACGGGCGCGACGCAAAGGGCCUUAGUGAGCUCAACUACACCAAGGUGAAGGUCACAAGAGUUGAACGAAUAGAAAACUAUGAACUUUUUCAUAAAUAUGCCGCGAAGAGACAGGAAUUAUUUAAAAAAGCAUUUAAAACAGGAGGGCCAUUUAAGUCUAUGGAAAAAUUGACAGGGUCCAAAGGUAAAGUAUUAACAACCAGCAAUAUAGAAAAUAACUCGGUCCUUUCUAAGGAAGUGUAUCAUGAAGUAAACGAACAUUACAUGUUUCAUGGGACAGAUGGGGUGGAUAAAAUAGCAGAACAGGGUCUGGAUUGUAGGCUGGCUGGUCAUACUGCCAUGUUUGGACAGGGUGUCUACUGUGCGGAAAGUUCAACAAAAUCAGAUCAAUACGCAGAUCCAAAAGGUAUGCGGUCGCUAACUGACAGGAAAAUGCUGCUGGUGCGGACCUGUCUCGGAGAGCCCUUCGUCACUUCAAGUCCAAAGUCAUACGCGCGACCCCCCUGCAAGUCCUGCUUAGAGGACAAGUGCCGCUGUUCCAACAACCAGUUUUAUGACUCAAUCAUCGGAGAUGGGUCGUGGAAUUUCCGUGAAUUUAUCGUAUACAACAUGACUGAUGUAUAUCCUGAGUAUAUUGUCACUUAUGAUCGCGUUUAGUACCAAUGCAAUUGUCAGUUUAUUUAUAAUUAUGUAAGUUUCUUAAAAAGAACCAGGUUUUGUUUUUACGGAUUAUUUUCCAAACAGUAUUUAUUAACGCUUUAUUUACACAUUUAUGAACUGAAAUAUGGUCCACAUUUUAAGGUUUUUUUUGUUUUUUCUCUGGCCAUUUUUGGCAUUAUAUUCGUGUAAGAUUUAGUGGUGACAAUUUUUAUUGUUUUUCCAAUUCUGUACAUUUACCGAACUUUAGUGGACGGUAAAAAUAUUUGAAAACAUCCUUUACUUAGAAUGCAGGUGAUCCUAUUGGAAGGAACUUGUGCGUUAAUAGAAACAUAACAUUAACCUGGCAAUUGUGAACUCCAUUAGCAUAAAUUAAACACCUGGAUAUUUCAUUUAUACGCAUGUGAUGUUGUUCAUGCACGUUUUGCACGAGGUUUUUGAGGUCAUACAUACAUUAUACUAGUGGGUAUACUUCAAUCGAACUAACCUCUAGCCCGAUAUUAUGUAUAAAGAUGAAUUGAUGUAGUCAUACAAAAAGGUCAGCACCACGUUCAUAAUUGCAAUCUUUACAAAUGUCAAAAUAAGUAUCAUUUAAUUUCUUAAUUGGCCAGAUCUUUAUAAGCCAAACUUGUGUAAACUCAACUCAUUUUACUGCUUAUUGUAUUUCACUCAAACUUUCCUAGCUUUCAAAUCUUUAUUUGAAUUUACGUCAUUGGCGUUUUUUACUCAGUUUUUCCUUUUGCCACUUACGUAUAUAUAUAU